AGGGAGAGAGAGAGAGAGAGAGAGAGAGAGAGAGAGAGAGAGCAGGCUGGCUCUCAGACUUCUCAUCUCCAUACAGUCAGAGUGAACUGCGGGGGCAGACGGAGUGGAUUGCGGCAGUCCUCGACAGCGGAAAGAGCCGCAAAUAAGGAUUUUUUUUUUAAUCGAGCUGUAUCGACUCACAACUCCCGCUUUUGUUUUUGUUUUCGCCUACUUCUUUCUGGAAUUCAACAAACGGAACUUUUCGUUUUUUCUGGAGUUUGGAGAGCCGUCUUUCAGAUAUGGACAGUCGGCGACCCGCUGCAGGGAGCGACUGGCCGGUGUUCACUCAGUAGCCACAGGCACACACAACUGUAAACUCGCCGUCUGGGACUUUUUACUGGAUGUUUGAUGAAGCGCUUCGCAAUUUUGGUCAUUUCUGGGACACCGUGGAUUUACCAGGUUCAGGAACGGAUAGAGACUCGUGAUUCCCGAUCGACGACAAGAGGGGUUUUCGCUUCUAAAGUUGCAGGAAAAACAUGGAGACUGUAAGUCGGCAGAGCUUCCAGCCUCAUCCGGGACUGCAACAAACUCUCAAGCAGUUUCACCUCAGCUCUAUGAGCUCUCUGGGCGGACCGGCGGCUUUCUCUGCCCGGUGGCAACAUGAGCUCCUCUUCAAGAAGGACGGUAAGGAGCCCGAGCCGGUUCUGCAGCAUCUGCCGCCGCCGGUGAUGCCGGGCCCGCUGUUCAUCCCGUCGGACCGCUCCACGGAGAGGUGCGAGACGGUCCUGGAGGGCGAGACCAUCUCAUGCUUCGUGGUCGGCGGGGAGAAGCGACUGUGCCUCCCGCAGAUUCUUAACACAGUGCUGCGGGACUUCAGCCUGCAGCAGAUCAACUCGGUGUGCGACGAGCUGCACAUCUACUGCUCCCGGUGCACGGCGGACCAGCUGGAGAUCCUCAAAGUCAUGGGGAUCCUGCCCUUCUCGGCGCCGUCCUGCGGCCUCAUCACCAAGACGGACGCCGAGCGGCUGUGCAACGCCCUCAUCUACGGAGGCGCCUACCCGCCGCGCUGCAAGAAGGAGCUGAGCGGAGGCUCGCUGGAGCUGGAGCUCACAGAGAGGAGCUUCAAAAUCUACCACGAGUGCUUCGGCAAGUGCAAGGGCUUGUUCGUGCCGGAGUUGUACACCAGCCCCAACGCAGCGUGCAUCCAGUGCAUGGACUGCAGACUCAUGUACCCGACCCACAAGUUCGUGGUGCACAGUCACAAGGCGCAGGAGAACAGGACUUGCCACUGGGGCUUCGACUCGGCUAACUGGAGGGCGUACAUCCUCCUGGGCCAGGAUUACACGGGGAAAGAGGAGAAGAGCCGUCUGGAGCUGCUCCUGGACGAGAUCAAGGAGAAAUUUGACUUCGCCAACAAGUACAAGAGGAAAGCAUCAUCCAGGGUGUCAGAUCCCAUCCCAAUCAAAAAGUCCAAACAUGAAGACUUCCCAUCACAAUCCCCGCUGGCUGACAAAGAGAAGCAGCACGACUGGCUACAGUCCCUGUCCAACUCCAAUAAGGGGCUUAACUGCAUCCAGCCCAGGCAGAGACCCUCAGCAUUUAGACCUUGGUCCCCACACAUCUCUGCUGGUGAUAAGGAACCCUCCAGUCAUCCCCUGGCCCUGCUGAGAGACAGUUUCUACAACUACAAGAGCCUGGAGAAUGCUGUCGCCCCUAAUGUUGCCCUCACACCGCUGCCCCUGGGAAAGGUGGGUCCCAUGUCCCCAUCGGUGCCCAGCACCUCCCACCCAAGUGGAGGUGAACCCCCAGGUGAGGGCGCCAACGCCAGCGCAAGGCCUCGCAAGAGAAGAGCCACAGGGGAGCUCCAGCUCCCAGCACCUGAGGGCCCCUGCCCUCCGUCCUCCACUGCCAGCAAGCCACUGCCACCACCACCUCAGGACGACAAAGACUCUGAGGUGGAGAUUGAAGUGGAGAGCCGUGAUGAAUUCACUUCGUCCUUGUCCUCCCUGUCGUCACCAUCUUUCACCUCGUCCAGCAGCUCAGCUAAGGACCUGAGCUCGCCAGGUGCCCAAGGGCCAAUCUGCACUGUCACGUCGGCUGAGGGCGCCACCCCCGCAGCCGCUCCCAUCGCAACUCCCGUGACCCCUCCUGAGCUGGGGCUGGAGUCGGAGCUGGAGAGUCUGAGGCAGGCACUGGACAGUGGACUCGACUCCAAAGAGUCAAAGGAGAAGUUCCUGCACGAGAUUGUUAAGAUGAGAGUGAAGCAAGAGGAGAAGUUGGGAUCGGCUCUGCAGGCCAAACGCAGCCUCCAGCAGGAGCUGGAGUUCUUGCGGGUUGCCAAGAAGGAAAAGCUGCGAGAGGCGACCGAGGCCAAGCGUAACCUAAGGAAGGAAAUUGAACGCCUGCGAGCAGAGAGCGAGAAGAAGAUGAAGGAAGCCAAUGAGUCGCGGAUCCGCCUGAAGCGGGAGCUGGAGCAGGCCCGGCAGCUGAGGGUCUGCGAUAAAGGCUGUGAGGCCGGACGUCUUCGCGCAAAAUACUCGGCACAGAUCGAGGACCUCCAGAUGAAGCUGCAACAUGCAGAGGCCGACCGUGAGCAGCUCCGAGCCGACCUGCUGCAGGAGCGGGAGGCCCGGGAGCACCUGGAGAGAGUUGUGAAGGAGCUGCAGCAGCAACUUUGGCCCAAAUCCAACAGCGACAAGGAGGGGACACCCAAGGACACGCCAGCUGACAACUAACCUGGCAGCCGACCUCUCCGCCCAACCAUUCCCCCCGUCAUCUUCUGCCCAACUCAGACCAUAAACUCAUCCAGGCAUCCUGGGCCGGCCACAGCGCACCACUGUCCAUCACCUUCACCCUCCAGAAAGACAAAUAAGACUCUCAUCCUCAGACCAGAGACGGAGAGAAGAAAUCCAGGAGCUACGUCCUCAUCCAUACCCAUGAGAAGUCCAGUGAGUGGUUUCCUCGGAGAAAGCCUGGCGAUGGCUGCGACGAGGAAACAUGUUACUAAAUCAAGCUCUGACUAGCACCUUCCAAACUCCAAGAACUAAAAACUGGAUCACAAGAAUGAAAGAAAAACAGAUGUAUAGCACAAAGAGUGUUUGUACCUGCAUUUUCUCUGACAAGAAAAUGAGGCUGGACUUCUGGACAGACAUCUGUGAUAAAAAAAUGCUUAAAAAAACAAUCAUAUUAUAUUAUACAGUUAUACAGCUGUUGAGAGAUGUUAUAGUGGUGCAUCCAUGAGGGCCAGGCUCACACUUAACCCACAGUUCCCCCCCGAAGAAGUCUCCACCACCGUCCCUCACCAUGACCAAGAUGGAGGAUUUGAAGACAUUAUAAGCUAUUUAAGAGACUACAUAGCGAUAUGUAAAGAAAAAAAAAAGAGUUUCUUUGUUCCUCUGUGCUAUUGUAGUUUGAAAAAUUUAAAAAGAUACAAUUGAAUCAGAAGAUGAACAAAACAAGCAAAUGAACUUUCCACAGUGCCACCAUGGUUUUGUCGGUUUUGCGGGGAAGCCAGCACACAGUCCACUGAGUGGAAAAGCAUCACGUUCAAAAUUCAAGCGCCCCGUUUUGUCCUCACCUCGUUUUCGUAAAAUCAUUUAUUUCUAAUUUCUGAAAGCAGAGGGUAAGCUUGUAUUCAAACUGAUAUUUUUCUCUCUUUGGAUCAAAUCUUGGAUUGGGAAUUUGGAGGAAAAAAAAAACAUGCUGUGUUCAAGGCACCUUUUUUUUUUUUUUUUUUUUAGUGAGCACUUGUUUUCGGAUGAUCAAUAACAAUAUCCAACAGUCUCCGUCACAAUGUUGCUCACACUACACAUACACACUGGUUGCCAUAUGUGUUUUUUAAGCAUUUGGGUCAAAACCCUGAAGUGUUUAUCUUCUAAAGGUAAAAUACUCCAGAUGUGAGUGUGGCCUCGCCAGCAUGGUUUUUACUCCAACUGACAUCAGUAUCAUCAUCUAUAAUUUUAUGGCUGUAUGGGGCACCCAUGGCAAGAACCACAAAAAUGUUCAUUUUAAUUAAAUUAAGGUAUGUAAAUAUAAAUAUAUGUUGUUGUUUUUUUUUUUUUUUUUUACUUUACAAUAAUGACUCGCACUUUGUCGUAACAAAAUACUGUUAUUACUGCAUUGUACUCCCACUAUUGUCCUCAAUCUUACUUUGAAAAACAUCAUCUUAUACAUGAAUGCUACCAUAUAAUUCCAGUAAGUAUUUUGUUGAUUAUAUGCAUCUCGAAUAAAUACUGUUGUUCUGUUUUCUUAAGGCAAAGUAUUGUAAAUAAACAGAAAGAAAAAAGGCUCUACCUGUUGCUUGCUGAUGCAGUCUGGGAUUGUUGGAAACAUUUUUGGGCAACGGAUUCUCCCCUUUUUGUAAUAUAAUUGACACAAAAUGUCACACAAACACAAGGUUGAGUUGUAACGAGUAUGACAAAACUUCUUCAUAAGUCAGUAAAUUGUCAUAGGAGCCUGAACAAACAGUCUUUGCAAGGAUAAAAUCUGAUUUUAUUCUGAAAGGCAGAUGCCAGGAAUCUGCCGUCACACAGUGGGUACAAUGCAAUCAGAAUGUACAUGGUGUUAAUGCAAGUUUUCCUUUGGUUGUUGAUGUUGUUUUAAACGUGGAGAUAUUUUAUUGCUUGUCUGUUAUGUUCACUUUUUUCAAUAGAAAACUCAUAUUUUCUUUAUGCAUGAAAUUUGAGAAAGUUUGCCAUUCAUAUAGUCAGUUAUUGGGCAUUGAUACUGUACAUGUAAGGGUUUUAUUGUGUUAUGCAAUAUAAAGCAAUUUGUCUUAUUUAGAAGAGGAAAAAGUAAGUAAAAAAGCAACAAACCGUAUAUUGUUCUUAAGAAAAAACUUCACACUUGCAAAAAACAAGACAUCAAAAAAAAAAAAAAGAAGAAAAAAAAAAAAUUCAAAUGCAAUGCUGGACAACCUCAAGUGCCUGGAUGUGGGCGAAAGGUUUCCAGAGUAGGAAAACUGAUGAUGAAGCUGUUGGGGCGGGGCCUCCCAUCAACUUCCUGAUUGCAGGUUUCAAAUUAAAAGCCCCCUCCCUUGCUCAGCAGCUCUUUCUAUCAGUAUUCCUUUAAACCAACCAGUUUACAAACUGUUUUCUUUUUCAACGCAGAGAACAAUUGAACAAAUGCUAGACGCUUAAGGCUUUUUUUUUUUUUCUGAAUGAAUGCUUUUUUUUUCUUCAUUUGAAAUCAAUGAUAUGCAUGUUCAAACAAUUUUUAUAGAAGAUCUUGAAAAGCCACUUGCUUCGGUGAAUUGUUACUUUGGGUUGUAUAUAAAGACUUAACUGUUUAAUCCCAGUCUGUUGAUUUGUCCCGAGGCGGGCAUGUCGAGGAUAAUAAAGAGGGCAUUAUGUUAAAAGCCCGUUUCUUAUCCAACAUUACUAAUGUUGCUCAGAGAAAGACACUGUGUCUGCAACUUUGGCAGACCUAAAAUUGGUACAUUUUGUAGUUGUUUUUACACUCAAAAGAGUUAAUAGCCUAUGUGUAGUUUACUUUACUCAUGGUUUUCUACAAAAGAAGGGAGACAAUAACGACAUUGGCUCUUCACUCUCCCUUGCAAAAAGAAAAAAGCAAUUUAAUGUCUUGUUUUCUAAAGGAGAAUCAUUUUGCUAAAUAAUGGACAGUAAAGCAGCAAUAACAGUCCAUAUUAAUAGACAAAUACUAGCCAGUGUGAAGAUUUGAAUAAGAAUUUACAAAUGUAAAUAUUUUUUUCAUUUACAAUAUUGUAUAAUAUAUGUACAUGGUGUUUCCUUUUUCAAAAAGAAAUCUUUUCUUACAAUAGCUGUCUUGUUUUUUUCGUUUGUUUUGUUUUUUUUUGAAUUUGUGUUUUAACUAAGAUGUUUCAAAAACAGUUAAUGCAGUGCGUAAGAGAAUAUUCCCUACAUAAACAUGUUAAUCCAAUUCUUUUCUUUUUUUACUGUAGAGUCUUUAUAUUGAAUGACUUUUUUCACCAGUUCAUAUAUAUUUUUAACAGUAUGUUCAGUAUCAGAUAGCAGACCUGCAGUAUGGGUCACACACACAUGACUACGCCACCUUGCAGAUUGUUUUCCCCCCUUCAUCCUCAUGUAUCUUUUUAGCCCUGUGCUGCUGCUAAUACUAUAUAAACCUUACAAUUCUAGAAAUAUUUUUAUGUAAGAGGUAACUGUAAGCUUUCCCAUUUAUUAAUGCCACAUAUACAGUAUGAAAAAAAGAGCUUGGCUUAUUCAUCUAUCUCCCUUGUUUCCCUCAUUUUUCACGCCUUUUUCUGCAUCCCUCCUCCAACAACACCCUUCCUCUUCUCUCACGACACGGACUAUAUUGUAAAGUAAAGGACUUUAUGAGAUUAUGUUUGAAAAUAGCUAUGCUUAUAUACUACAGUGACUGAAUGUACAGUGUAUAGAUGCAUUACCAGAAAUAAAGUUGUUUGUCCAGAUUGAAUGACCCAGUUUCUUAUUUUUGCUGCCUGUUUGGUGAACAACAUAAACCCUAAUUAUCUUUCAAA